CUUUUCGCCCAAUUUUUCGCCGUAAAGUGAAGUAACAUAAAGACAGCCGCCGGGAGAAAGAGGUCAAAGGCGAAUGCUGUUUCGUCUCUCUUACGGUGUCUCGUUUCUGAUCUAGGUCUCUUCGGCUUCCUGCAAAUCGCUUCCGGGAUUCAGAAGCAGUUUCCGCAGAAAUCUGGGGCUGAUUUUGCAAAGUGUUUAUCAGCCAUAUGGGAGAUGUUGCGAAGGAUCUUGCUGCUGGGACUGCUGGGGGAGCAGCUCAAUUGAUAUGUGGGCAUCCAUUUGAUACAAUUAAGGUGAAGCUCCAAAGCCAACCUGCACCACUUCCUGGCCAAGUUCCCAAGUUUUCUGGAGCAAUGGAUGCUGUCAGACAAACAUUAGCUUCAGAAGGCCCAAGAGGUUUGUACAAAGGUAUGGGAGCUCCAUUGGCUACAGUUGCUGCAUUGAAUGCUGUUCUCUUCAGUGUAAGAGGACAAAUAGAGUCCUUCUUUAGGCCUUAUCCUGGUGCCUCCCUUCAAGUUCACCAACAAGUGAUUUGUGGGGCUGGCGCUGGCACUGCUGUGUCUCUUCUAGCUUGUCCAACUGAGUUGAUCAAAUGCAGACUGCAAGCUCAGAGUGCAUUGGCAACAUCCAGUUCCGUUGGUGUGGCAGUGAAGUAUGGCGGUCCAGUCGAUGUAGCCAAGCAUGUUCUUCAAUCAAGUGGAGUGAAGGGUCUCUUCAAAGGCUUGAUACCGACAUUGGCAAGAGAAGUUCCUGGAAACGCUGUGGCAUUCGGCACCUACGAGCUGCUAAAACAGCAGUUUGCAGGAGGUCGAGACACUUCGAAUCUAGGAAGAGGGUCUCUAAUAGUAGCUGGGGGUUUAGCUGGAGCUGCGUUUUGGCUAGCUGUGUAUCCAACUGAUGUUAUCAAGAGCGUAAUUCAGGUGGAUGAUUACAAAAACCCAAGGUUUUCUGGUUCCAUUGAUGCUUUCAGGAAAAUCAUGGCCUCAGAAGGAGUUAAAGGGCUAUACAAGGGUUUUGGACCUGCCAUUGUCCGCAGUGUCCCAGCCAAUGCAGCUUGCUUCUUGGUAUACGAAAUCACCAGGUCUAGUUUAGGUUAAGGAAUUGAAUUCAUAUUGGUUCAUAGCUUAUGGCUUAAAAGAAAAGCCAUUGUGGCCAUUCAUUGUAGCCUCUCCGAGCAUACUGCAAGAAAUAAAACUGAACUCAUCAACUUUGCAUUUGAUUGUUGGUAUUUUUAGAAAAACAAGAGGGAUUAUGUUUCUGAUACUAUUUUCCAUUACGAUAUACACGAUCCCGGAAAUAUAAUGCUCUAUUUGUAAA